AUGUCUCUCCUCGAGUUCCUCUCGUCCGUUUUUGGCUGGAUCUACUUCAUCUGCUGGUCCCUCUCGUUCUACCCGCAGUCCAUGCUCAACUUCAGCCGAAAAUCCACCUCUGGUACCACGGUCGACUUCCCCCUGAUCAACUGCCUGGGCUUCCUGUCUUAUGCAAUCUCCAACUACGCCUUCUACUACAGCCCCCUCAUCCGCGCCCAGUACGCCUCCCGCUACCACGGCCUGACCCCCACCGUCCAGUUCAACGACAUUACCUUCGCCCUCCACGGCCUGCUGCUCAGCAUCAUCACCACCUCCCAGUACCUCUCCCCCCGCCUCUGGUCCUUCACCCCCUCCAAAGGCAACAAACCCUCCCGCUUCAUCCUUGGAAUUAUCCUCGGCUGCAUCGUCGGCGUCAUCUUUGUCAUCUUUAUCGUGCUGUCCUCCCCGGAGAGGAACGACCCCUCUGGAGGCGGCCAUGGCUGGGUGUGGCUUGACGCGAUCUACGCAAUCAGCUAUGUGAAGCUCAUUGUGACACUCAUAAAAUACACGCCGCAGGUGCUGGUGAAUUAUCGGAAUAAGAGCACAAAGGGAUGGAGUAUUGUGCAGAUCUUGUUGGAUUUUACGGGGGGUGUGUUGAGUAUUGGGCAGCAGGGGAUUGAUAGCUGGUUGCAGGGGGAUUGGAGCGGGAUUACGGGGAACCCGGUCAAGUUUGCGCUGGGGAAUGUGAGUAUGAUGUAUGAUGCCGUUUUUAUCACGCAGCAUUAUGUGUUGUACAAGGGGGCGGACGGGAAGGAUGGGGAGGGGGAGGGGCUGUUGGGGGAGGGGAGGGACGAGGAGAGAAGGAUCGAGUAG